AGCUGCGGGAUCUCCGGGCGGAGCUGCGGGCGCUGGAGGAGGAGCUACGGGCGGAGCUGCGGGCUCUCCGGACGGCUCUCCGGCCAUGGCCGAGCGGCGGAGCGGGGCAGGCGAGGCCCUGAGCCGCUUCUCCGAGUGGGCAGACGCGCACCUGAGCCUCGUGCGGAGCCUCAGCACGGGGGUGGCGGUGGCUGCGGCGCUGCUGCUGGCGAGGAGCAUCCGCAUGACAACAAAGUUUACGAGUGCUGUGGAUAUACCUGUGAACUUUGUAGAAAAGAAUGUGAAAUUGCGUGGAAAAUUACAUCGUGUAACUGAGAAGGGCCUGGAAGUUGAACACAUUCCCAUUAGCGUUCCUUUCAUUACGUCGAUUCUGAGAAGAUGGCAAUCAGAAGGUCUUCUGCUGGUGAGACUUGCUGGAGUGGAGCUGGCUCCGACUGGCGUGGCCUGGCUAAAGCAAGAGUUGAAACCCAAGCAAAUGAUGUGGUUCCAGCUUCUCGGAAGGGAGGGCUUGGUGCUUGAGUGCCUUGUUUUAGUAAAUAAGGGUCGAUUUCUCAGCGUGUGCCUAAAUGAAGAGAUCUUGAGACAAGGGCUUGGCAGAACAGCGCGUAUUGAAGGGCUGCAUCAUCAUUCCCGCCUGUACUGGAAACUUCACAAAAGACUGCUUCAGGCAGAGUUAAAGGCCUUGAAGAAAAGUAAAGGAAUAUGGAAAGAAGAAAGCUACUCUGAAAGGAUUAGAGACCGUAUAAGUGAUAAUAAAUUUGUACAGACCUUGAAACAAUUUGCGAGCUGGUUAAGAAGCUCCCUUUCAAGGUAAAAAGGGAGACUUGCUUGGAGGAAUGCCAGUUACCACUGUAAUGUGCUUUAUGUAAAGUAGAGUUUAUAAUAAAAAGUAGUGCCAUAAUUUUGAGGGGUUGUGUUGAUCAGAAACCCCCUGAAGUUUCUUAAUGUUGUAUUAUAAUCCAUGUGGGAUUGAACUUCAGUACGAGUAUGCAAGCCAUGAAUUACAGUUCUGAAGCUGAACUUUUCCACAAUAAUGUUUUAAAUUAGUUGUUUAGUUUUCCACCUGCAAAAUACCCACACAGCUUGGGUAACUGUCUAGUGAAAGCUGUCGCCCUCUGGUUUUGAAGAGGGUGCAGAGUGUUGGUUCGCAGCGCACAGACCAAAAUGCUGCUCUGUUAUGUGCCAUUACUGCAUAGCCCACGCUGGUUAGGAAACUCAAUUGCAGUCCUUUACAAAGCUUGUGGUAUGUGUUUACACACAAGCAUUUUGUUUGAAUUCUAUCCUUAUACUACUUCUAUGUGUAAUUUUUGUUUUAAAGGCCUUUUAUCUUAAUAAUGGGUUGCAUUGUUGCCAAUAAAAAAGGUAAUUUGUUGUGACUGACCUUUCAAAGCUGGUAAGAUCAUAACAACUGCAGUUUCUUGGAAAGAAAGAAAUCGCUUGGUAUAGCAAAGAAUAUAAAUUAAAAUGUCAGUGAUUGAAAUUUUUAGAAGACAACAUUCAACUGAAGAGGAAAAACACUGUUUUUUUUCUGAUAGUUCUAUAAAUACCUAAAAUUAGAUGAAAAUAAAACUUUAACAUGAAAUUUGACAAGGCGAACCAUACAGUGCUGAGAACUUGAAUUCUCAUUUAUUUUUUUAAAGAAGUGUUAAGUAUAUCAGAGUGUAUUAUUUAUUUUGUAGCUAUUCUCAGAAUAAAGGUUGAGUUUCUUAUGUUGUUACAUGUUUUAUGUACCAAGCACUUGACCUCUGUUUAACUCCCACAGUCACAAUGUUUAUUUAAAGUGAAGUGUUUUACAGAUUUUCUUUCUUUCUGUGUAUUUCCUUGACAAUCAAAUGCCGGGGGAAGAGCGUGGUACAAAUAAGU